AUGAUGAUGAAAGCAGUAACAAAGAUAGUAAUAACUGUGAAAAUGAAAAUGAUAUUGAAUUUAAUAAAAAUGAAAAACAAAUCAGCCAAGAUGAGGAUAUCGAUUAUAGUGAUACCGAAUAUGAAGAUUCUUUAAAUAAUAGUUCAGAAAAUGAAUGUGAUUCUAUUCAAGAGCUAUUUACUUAA